UCGAUUCUAGAAAUACAGAAUCUCGGCUAUCAAGUUUUACAAAAUUAUUUUACUGAAAUUAAAUAUUAAACUGUUUAUGUGCUAGUAUUUCUUAUUUAGGACAAUUUAUGUGCUUAUAUCUGAAACGUCUGACGUAAAAUAUGAUGUAUAAAGUGGUCUCCGAGUCCGUAAAAUAUUGUACAGCUGGAUUCAUGUAAAGACAGCCACAACUACAUAAUGUGUUAAACUUCUGUUUUGUUCUGGGGGUGGGCUAAUGGGGUAAUUAGACAACUUCAAGUACAAUAUUUUUGCUCACUAAUUUGUUAAUUAAUCUUCUAUUCCAUAUCUAUUUUGUACCUGUAUAGAAAAAUAUAUUUGUACUUAUAAAUACAGAAAAGUAAGGGAGUUCAACAUAAGGGUAAAUGAAACUUUUUAAAAUGGUUACUUGAUAUAAGUAGAAUAGAAAAAAAAAUAUCAGCCUCUGAAAAAAGAAAGAAGAAAAAAGAAUUAUUCCAAGAAAAACAAGAAACUAAACACUUGUGUGCAUUAUAUAAGAAAGACUUUGCAUGAAAAACAAAAUUCUAAUCAUAGACACAUAGUUUUCUCUCAACAAAGGUUGACUGUUUGUGUACUAAAGUUUUACUGUUACUGAACUAGACAAAUAAGAAAUAGAGUAGUAAUUAAAAAAAAAAACUAAAAUGAGUAAGUUGCUUGAAGUUGAUUGCACAAAACGUUGCAAGUCACGUCUCCAUGGACAAUCAUUGACUAGUGCCAUAACAAAGAGAUCUGUUGGAGAUGAAGCUCUUGCUAGCUUUAUUAAGUCCACCUGUGCAAAUUUUGCCAAGGCUUUUGAUUUUGAGGGCCGAACAGCGUUGCAUAUGUCAGCAUCAAGAGGGAGAAAUGCUCUAAUGGAAUGGCUUAUCCGACACUCAUCUGAUGCCUUUAUCAAUGCUCGUGACCGUGAGUCUGGGUAUACGCCGUUGCAUAGAAGUAUAUUUUACGGCCAUAUCCAUUCAGCUGUAAAUUUGAUGAAACUUGGUGUAAACACGGAUAUUGUAGACAAAGACGACUACAAAGCCCUGGAGCAUGCGAUGCUAGACAAGCAGUACAUGUACAAGUUGACUGGCAACGAGCCGUGCGACGCAUACGUAUGGGGCAGCAACUCCAACUACACUCUGGGCACGGGCGCGUACCAGCAACGGAAUGUUCCAGAAUUGCUCACUUGCUUCAGCCGAACUAACAUCAAUGUUAAGCAGGUGUGCCUCGGCAAGUUCCACAGCGUGUGGGUCAGUGGCUCUUCUGCUGAGAGGGGUGAGGUGUGGUGCGCGGGGCAGCCGGCGCGCGCGGGGGGGCCCCCCUCCACCGUACUACGACCAGCGCCUCUUAAACUGCCGGAGCCUUGCAUGCAAGCCGCCAUCACCUUGACUUCUACGGUGUUCUUACUGCAGAGCGGUGCGGUGGUCCAAUACUCACUGAACAACACGGACAAUCCGAGCCCAUCAACUGUCAAAAACCCAUCAACAAUCAAGUUGGCGGCAGUAAAGCCACUGAUAAAGAUAUCCCAUCCGCUGGGAAUUUGCGCGGGGCGGUCACACGCGGUCGUGUGGAACGCGCACGCUGUGUACACUUGGGGCCUUAAUCUGGGUCAGCUGGGUCACUCGCAAGAGGAUAAAGUCGUUCCUGCCCCCAAAAGAGUGGCAAUAUCCCUCAACAAUAAGGAGGAGGCGAGGCUGCAGUUGGUAGCCGCGAGCGACGCCGCCACCGUGCUCACGACGAGCCGCGGGGACGUGUAUCUGCUGCACAAACAUCUCUGCAAGAAGAUAGCUAUCAAACAGAUAAAUCUACGUCAAGUGUGCGUAGAGGCUAAGGUGAGCGAGCAGGGCGCUUACUCCAGAGUUACAGUAUUGCUUCUCACCAAUGUCGGUCAAAUGAUGCUGUGGCAAGACACGACCAGCAAACUUACCAGAUGCGUCUUCGGCCUCAGCCACCAAAUAAUAAUAACGCACAUGGCUCUCACGCACGACGCACUUUACUUCACAACCAAAUACGGCGAAGCGUUCAUUGGUAACAUAUCGCGCAAAGCCACGCCCCCUCCCGCUCAGCCAAUCAAGAAAGAGCGCGACAAGGACAACAGAUCCGCACUGGUGAAGUUUUUAGAGAAGGACGACUGUACGUCUGUCAGGAUCACGAAGAUUCCGAACGUGCAUCGAGCGGUGACGAUCGCUGUUGACAGUGAAGGACUUAAUUUUGCUUGCUUGCAGAUAAAACCUUCGUGCGGUCUCACUACACUGCCGGACCUGUCGCCCUCGAGUGUCUGCAAACACAUGGAGUCUCUACUAGAGACUGCGGCCGACGAUGACAUCCUACACGAUGUUAUAUUUAAGGUUGGUACUAAACAAUUCCCAGCCCACGCAUUCAUAAUAGCUUCAAGCAGCGACUAUCUGUACAAACUGUACGAAGAGUCACGCACAAACGAGCACAAACCAAUAAUAACACUAGACAAUGUUCACCCAGAGGUUUUUGAUCGUAUACUGCGGUAUAUGUACACUGGGACUUGUGACGUGGCCGAACUGGGGCCAUGCGGACUUAAGAUUAGGAGGGAAGAUCUGGUUAACGCUAAAAUAGACAAGGAUGAAAACAAAGAUGAAAAUGAAGUAGAGUUUAUCGAUAAUCCUGCCGAAAUAUCAGCAUUCGAAGUAUACCAAAACACAGGCAAGAAGAAAGGCAAUCGUAAACGCAACACGGAGACCCCGCCGCGGGUGCACCUUUACUGUGACCCCGUCAAACUGGUGCAAGCCACUGCUAAGAGGAUCCAAGUUAUGGGACUACAUAAACUGCUCGAUAAAUUCUAUUACAGAGAAGGUACAGUAUGCCUCAAGGAAAGUGCAAAGUUUAGUAUCAAUGCACCACUCACAUGGGACCGGGAUAGCUUCCAGCAACUAGUGGACACGAACGUUUGCUCCAAAGAUGGCAUCCCUAUAUCUGCCCACAAGUGUGUACUGGCAGCGAGGCUGGAGUACUUUCAGGGAAUGUUCAUGCAUUCUUGGACUGAGAGUAAACUGCUGUCAAAAGUUACUCUACCGAUCAAUCAUGGAAUUCUGCUGCCGAUUAUAAAUUUUCUGUAUAACGACACCUGUCCAGAAGUAGAAAACUCUAACAGUAUUGACUUUAUUUAUAGCAUGCUUAUUGUUUCUGACCAAUUAUUUAUCAGUCGCCUGCGAGAAAUGUGCGAGAUCGCACUCGCAAAUCUGAUAACCUUGAAAAACUGCACAGAACUUUGUCAAUUCGCUCACACGUACAACGCCUCACAGCUGAAGCAAAGUUGCAUGGAAUUUAUAUCUCUCAACAUAAGCAGCAUUCUCGAAAAUAGAUCAUUAGAUUUACUCGAAGACUCCUUAUUGGAAGACAUAUCCAAAUACUACUGUAAAUUCAACCCCAUUAUGUCGUCGCGCAUUAUAACUCCAUUCUACAAUUCGCCAUCUGACGAAACUAUUGAAGAGUGUGCUAAACUGGUGCCAUUAGAUUUGGAUGUUGUUGAUGAAGAUUUCAAAAAAGAUGACAGCAUUGUCGAAGUGAAAAAGAGUAAAAAACAGAAAAAGAUUGAAUAUACUGAAAACGAGAAAGCUAGAAUGCGAUACGAAUCUGUUAGCUCAGUUACGUCGUUAGAUCUUUCAAAUGACACAUCAGGAGUCGUGACGUUGUCUCUUCGUUCGAUUUCCAAGGACGAAGAGAAGAAUACCAGACAAACAGAGAAGUACACAGAAGUGCCAACUUCUCAGCAGAAACAGCCAAAAAUUGUUCAAAGGCUGAGGGGUAUUUCUCUUGCUCAAGAAAUUGUUACAAAUGAAACUGCAGUAAAUUCAUUCACGAAACUGACUAAGAAUAACUCUUUCGGAGCCAAUCAAGAGAGUUCUACUCCAUCUACAUCACGAAUGUCAGUUUCUCCUAAAGAUACGCCACCUGGACCCUUUUCUGAAAAUGGCAGAGGCCAAGGCAAUCUAAUCAUUAACCAUGUUGGACCAAAACUUUCUCAAAAACAAAGAAAGAAAUUAGCUUUAGAAAACGAGCAGUCUCCUCAGACUGUAGAUAAUUUCAUCAAUAAAAUGACUAUUGGUAGUCCUCCAGAUAAACCUAAAAAUCCUUGGAAAAUUUGUGAAGCACCGGUAGCCAGUAGUAGCCCUAAUAAGGCGAAUUCUAUGGAAUUCAAUAAAAUUUUACAAGACCAGAAGAAACAGAAGGAUGAUUCUUCUAGAAUUAUGACUAAACCUCUUGCUUUGACGCAGCUGGAAGAUAAAGCCAUAGAGGAAUUGGAAAGAUUUUACAAUGUACAUGAGAUAGAUGACGAGUUUAUAACAGUGAGACGCAUAGAGCUGCGUGUGUCUUCGCCACAAUGGAUACACACUGCCACUAGGUGAUAAUAAGUGUACUAUUUUUACAAAUUAAUAAUAAUUAUUUUAUUUAGUAUGAAUAAUAUUGUGAUGAAAUUGAUAUUUUAAAUAAUAAUAUAUGUUAUAUGUGACUGUC